AUGGCUCCUACUACCCAGAAAGCACUCGUCCUCCCCGCCGAAAAGGCUCCCUUCCAGCUUGUCGCCGACUGGCCUGUGCUCAAACCAGGUCCCUCCGACGUCCUCAUCAAGCUCGUCUCGGCUGCGCUCAAUCCAGUGGACGCGUACAUCAAGGCACUCGGUGGCGGACCGCUCGUGUCCAAGUACCCGUUGGUCCUCGGGCUCGAUGGGGCGGGUAUCGUCGAGGAGGUCGGUUCUGAGGUGACGAACGUCGCCAAAGGGGACAGAGUGUUGGUCAGCGGGGAGUUCGGCGACAACCGCGCGACGUUCAAGGAAUACCUCACGUACCCUGCCAGCGAAAUCGCGAAGGUCCCAGCCAACAUCUCUUUCGACCAGGCGGCCACGAUCCCCCUCGCGUUCGCGACGGCUGUCACCCCCAUCUGGGCAUCCGAAGACGGCGCCAAAUCUGUCCGUUUCACCCCGCCUUGGGAAGCGGGCGGGACGACCAAGUACGCAGGCAAGGCCGCGCUCGUCCUCGGCGGGUCGACCUCCGUCGGCCAGUUCGUGAUCCAAUGCGCGCGCAUGCAAGGCUUCGCGCCCAUCAUCGCGACGUCUUCCCCCCGCAACGCGGCGUUCCUCAAGUCGCUCGGUGCGACGGACGUGCUCGACCGCUCGCUGCCCCCCUCGGACAUCAAGAGCGCGCUCUCGUCGCUGGCGGGCGGCAAGCCGAUCGAGUACGUCUACGACGCGUGGGGCCGGGACGGCGAGAGCGCGCGGGUCGGGUACAGCGUGCUCGCGCGCGGGGGCGCGUUCGCGACGGUG